GUGUUGUGUGCUGUUUCUGAUGUAACUGAUGACUGUAACAGGUUAUAACGUGUCUCUGUAAAACUCCACCUAUUAAGGAAGUGUGGAGUCUGAGACGACUGCAGUCCUUCAGAAACAGUCUGCAGUGUUCUGCUCUGGUGAGAUUAGGUUUAUUCUCAGUUUAUGGAGAAAUCUGAGUCUCAUUUUCAGCCCUGUGUAAGGAAGUGUUUACUAACUGGACCUAAACAAUCCUGAAAUCAGCGUGUGUUUAAUUUUUAUCAAAGUGAAAGUGAAACUCUGAGUGUUCGGACUGGAGAGAACAACAGCAGCAGUAAAAGAAAAUGGCUUCUAAGUUUUCAGAGGAGGAUUUCUCCUGUCCUGUGUGCUGUGAAAUCUUCAAGGAUCCUGUUUUACUGCAUUGCAGUCACAGUGUGUGUAAAGUGUGUUUGCAGCAGUUCUGGGAGGCCAAAGGAUCCAGAGAAUGUCCUGUAUGUAGGAGGAAGUCAUCUAUGUCUGAACCUCCCACAAAUCUGGCCUUAAAGAACCUGUGUGAGACUUUCUUACAGGAGAGAAAUCAGAGCUCUUCAUCAGGGUCUGAAACAGUCUGCAGUCUGCACAGUGAGAAACUCAAACUCUUCUGUCUGGACGAUCAACAGCCGGUGUGUGUGGUGUGUCGGGACUCAAGGAAACACACCAACCACAAAUUCUGCCCCAUUGAUGAGGCAGUGACAGACUGUAAGGAGGAGAUCAAAACUGCACUGAAACCCCUACAGGAGAAACUGAAGAUCUUUAAAGACUGUAAACUGAACUGGAGUCAGACUGCAGAACAUAUAAAGAUUCAGGCCCAACACACAGAGCGUCAGAUUAAGGAGCAGUUUGAGAAGCUUCACCAGUUUCUACGAGAUGAAGAGGCAGUCAGGAUCACUGCACUGAGAGAGGAAGAGGAGCAGAAGAGUCAGAUGAUGAAGGAGAAGAUUGAGAAGCUGAGCAGAGACACAUCAUCUCUUUCAGACACAAUCAGAGCCGUAGAAGAGGAGAUGAGAGCUGAAGACGUCCUGUUCUUGCAAAACUACAAGGCCACAGUGAAAAGAGCCCAGUGCACACUGCAGCAUCCAGAGGAGCUUUCAGGAGCACUGAUCCAUGUGGCAAAACAUCUGGCCAACCUGAAGUUCAGAGUCUGGGAGAAGAUGCAGGACACUGUCCAAUACACACCUGUACCUCUGGACCCCAACACUGUUCAUCCUAAACUCAUUGUAUCUGAUGAUCUGACCAGUGUGAGACGCAGUGAUGAGAAACAGAAACUUCCUGAUAAUCCAGAGAGAUUUGAUCAAUAUUGGUGUAUCCUGGGCUCUGAGGGCUUUAACUCAGGGACACACUGCUGGGAUGUUGAAGUUGGAGACUGUACAGACUGGUUAGUGGGUGUGAUGACAGAAUCUGCUCAGAGGAAGGGGAUGAUAUACUCCAAAAAUGGAAUCUGGUAUGUGAGGUAUUAUGAUGGUAAAUAUUUGGCAUGUUCUACACCACAGACAUUCACUCACCUCUCAGUGGAACAGAAACUCCAGAGGAUCAGAGUGAAACUGGACUGGGACAGAGGAAAGCUGUCAUUCUCCAACCCUCUCACUAACACACACUUACACACUUUCACACACACAUUUACUGAUAAAUUACUGCCAUAUCUAGGUGUUUAUGGUAAAGAAUCUCCUCUAAAGAUCCUGCCACUUCAGUGCUCUGUAAGAGUGAAUCAGAUCAGUUAGAGCUGAUAGUUUUAUUCCAGAUCAUUCAUGAAAUAUUGCAGAUUAAAAGAUUCAUAUUCUUUGUGAAAGUUUGUUUUUACAGAAGCACUGAACAGUUCAUUGUGAAAAGUUUAUUGAAGUGCUGUGACCUUAUUUCAGCUCACCUUGUCAAUGAAAUCAAAAUAAUGUGAAACUGGAAAUGAUACAUCCUGAAAGUUAUUAGAUGAAAUUAAAGUUGAUUUUGAGUUAAAAGAAUUAUUUACUUUGUUGAAAUAGAGUUAUUAAUUUAAAAUAAUGUGACAUUAAGUUUAAAUAACUACAAAGAACUUUUUCCUCCACAGCUUUCAGUUCAGGGCUUCAACACACAAAUAAACCACAGGAGGAAAAUAAAAUAAUAAAAGUCUGUUUAAAUGUAGAAUCUGAAAUCUGAAAUAGAUGAUUUAAUUUUAUUGAUGUAUUUUAAAUCAUUUGAAAUAAACUGAGACUUUGAAAGCUCAUGUCUUUACUGUAUUUGUACUUGUUAGCACUAUGCUGUUAAUCUUGGGUGAAAUGUUUAGCUGGCUGUGUGUGUUAUGUGUGAAACUGUACAGUGGAGGAGAAUUCAAGCUCUCCGUUUCACUCCACCUGCACUUUGUGGUUUUACAAACAUCAGAUGGAUUUGUCACAAAUUUCUAAACCAUAGGAUGGCAGGAGGAGACUCAUUAAUAUUCAUGAGUGUAUCUCCC